UUUAUUCAACUUUCACAAGUCGGAGUUGGUUGUAAGAAAAAAAAUAAAGAGUAAAUAAAUCUCAUUUUUGCUGGUAAAAAAAACAACAAAAAAUAAAAUAAAAUCACCAGCAAAAAUGAUGAAUCGCUCAAUUGUUCCCCUCCUUUGUUCCUUCCUCCUCCUUGCUGCGUCCUCAGCCUCUGCCUUUAACAUCACAAAAAUCCUCGGCCAAUAUCCCGAUUACAGCACUUUCAAUGAGCUUCUUUCUAAGUCUGGCUUAGCCACUGAAAUUAACCACAGGGGUACAAUUACCCUCUUGGCAAUCCCAAAUGGUGCAAUUGGUGAUCUCACCUCGAAAUCCGAGGAUGUUCUCAAGAGGGUCUUGUCAACACACGUCGUGUUGGAUUACUAUGACCCAAUGAAACUCAAAAGCAUGAAGGACAAGACAGCCAAAAUGACAAACAUGUACCAACAAUCAGGGAAAGCAGCCUAUGACCAAGGAUUCUUAAAUUGCACAGCUAAAGACGGCAGCUUUGUUUUUGGUUCAGCAGUCAAGGGGGCCGAACGCGAUUCCAAGCUAGACAAAUCAGUUAUGAACCAGCCUUACAACAUUUCAAUUCUCUCACUCUCUCAACCAAUUGUGACACCUGGACUUGAUGGGACCCUUGCACCUGUUUCGGCCCCACCACCAAAGGCAAAUUCACCAGCUUCGGCCCCACCACCUGCUGAAGAAGAAGAAGCUGAGUCUCCUGAAGAAGAGGCAGAGUCCCCUUCUGAGGAAGAAACUGAGGCCCCUUCUCCAUCUGAGGAUGCCGAUUCUCCGGCACCCUCACCAGAUGCUGAUGCUCCUCCGGCCGAUGCUCAGUCACCACCAACACCAUCACCAUCAUCUGCUGGAAAAUUGAAGGCUUCCCUUGGUUUGUUUGUUGUUUUGGCCUCAAUGGUUGCAACUUAUUGAUAAGGGGUUUUUCUUUUUCAUUACUUUGCUUUGAUAAACGGAAAAAAAAAAUAUAAUGAGUAGGAAUAAAUGAAUUUUAUUCCCAAAGGGUGUGUAAUUCAUGGGACAAUGUUUUUAAUGACUUAAUAAAUUCAUUAUUGUAAGUA